GUUCAUUUAUUUACACAUAUACACACACACAUAACCCUCAUCUACUCAUUGUUGAGUUAAGGGUUGAAUUUCUCAUUCUUCUUCUAUUCUCUGUCACUGUUUGUUAAGGACUCAGGUGCAGAAGAGUGACAAUUGAACUCAGACUUUAUUUAAUUAAAUUUCUAUGCUAUCUCUAGAACAGAGUGAUCAAAACAAAGUGGCUACAAAAUCUAUCUGAGGAACAAAGGAAUGUAGCAAAGGGCAUAAGGCCGAAAACAGAAAAAAUCACUCCAUAAGGAGGAAAAGGGCAAUAGCAAAAUUUUUAUACGAAUCUAAUAGCGAAAACUAACAAUCUACAAUUAUCUACAAAAGGAAAAUCAUUCAUGCAAAGUAGUCGAGAAGGCAGUAAACUAAAGACGCUCCAGAAGGAGGGAAAAGGAAAACAUGGCACUAUGAACUAGAUACAAAUUACUAGCAUGAAAAACUUUAGCAACAGAAAAUCACUCUCUUAGAGGAAACAAAGAAAUCAAUAAAUAAAGUGAGACAAUACUUAUCAAAACUUGGUACAAGGCUGUGGACAAGGCUGGAGGCACGUAGCGAGACGAUAUACUCUGGCACAAGACAAGAGGAGGAAGAGACAUUUAUACACAUGAGGGAGGGUGACACAGGUGGGCACAAUCAGGCAAUCAGGAGAGACAGACCAGUGACACGGGAGGAAGGGCAAGUUACCUGAAACGAGAAGGAGAGUUAACCUUUCAAAAUAAAACAGGAAAGGACAAGACAACAUGAAACCAGACAAGACUUCACCCAGGUGUGACACUGUUUUUCUAACCAUAAGCAUGUACAGUAGAUGGCAGUAUUGUCCUGUUUAAAAGUGUCACAACAUUGCUGUUUAGGGCAGACGAACUGCUUUACGGUGUGACGUUUCGUUGGCAUUGUGGUGAUGCGGUUGCGUUCUCUCGUUGGUGCAGUCGGAAUGGACACAGGAUGAAGGCUUAUGUCAGUGACCUACAUCUCAUGUCUGUGCGCCAAGAGCCCGCAGUCUCCUCGGCGCUAGACCAGAGCCCACAGUCUCCUCGGCGCUAGACAUGGGCAAGAAGCAGGCGCAGCCGCCAAGCGGGGAGUCCGGGACUGAAGACGAUGCUGGUCUAGAAGCGGGUGCGAGGAAAGAUGAGCCAGCAGCGGACAGCGAGGGCAAAGUCCCGCAGGAGGACAGCAAAGUCCUGCAGGAGGACAGCAGCGUCCAGCUGAUCGACACCGGCUGCGAGCCCAUCUCCUGCCCGGGUCUCGAAGCGGACCCGGCGGUUCCAGUGGACAGGCACGGCGCAGGAUUCGUGCCCCCCGAAGGAGGUUUUGGCUGGCUGGUGGUUCUGGCAGCAACCUGGUGCAAUGGGUCCAUCUUCGGAAUCCAGAACUCUUUUGGCAUCCUGCACUUGAUGCUGGUGAAGGAGCAUGCGGACCCGGAGGACCAGACGUCCCAGUUCAAAGUGGCCUGGGUCGGGGCUCUGGCCAUGGGCAUGAUCUUCUUCUGUUCACCGGUGGUCAGCAUGUUCACCGACCAUUUUGGCUGUCGGACAACGGCGGUCAGUGGGGCGGUGCUGGCGUUCAUUGGACUGCUGAGUACAUCUUUUGCAAACUCCCUGAGCCUGCGUUAUUUCACUUAUGGCAUCCUGUUUGGCUGCGGAUCCUCCUUCGCCUUCCAGCCCUCGUUGGUCAUCCUGGGCCACUACUUUCGCCGGCGCCUUGGCUUGGCCAACGGCGUGGUGACGGCGGGUGCCAGCCUCUUCUCCAUGGGUCUCCCAGUGUUGCUGGACAAGGUGGUGGAACCGCUGGGACUCAGCAGGACCUUCCAGAUCCUCAGCCUCUUCAUGCUUGUGCAAGCCUUGCUGGCGCUGACAUUCAAGCCUUUGCUACCGGCCGGACAUGGCAUGGGACCACCAGGCAUUGCUGAGUCUCCAACUCAGCCAGGGAACACUGCACAGAGCGCAAAGUGGUGGAAUAAGGCCUUGGCGGGGGUCAGAAAGUACUUUAACCUGAGAGUUUUCCGCAUACUCACUUACCGUGUUUGGGCAUUUGGAGUUGCCACAGCUGUAUUGGGCUACUUUGUGCCUUACAUCCAUCUGAUGAACUUUGUACAGGAGCAGUUCAAGGGCACCGAGAAAGAAUGGCUGCUCCUGGUGUGCAUCGGAGCCUCUUCCGGGGUGGGACGGCUCGCUUUUGGCAAGAUCGGAGACCUUAUCCCUGGCCUGAAGAAGAUCUACAUGCAGGUGGUGUCCUUCAUGGCCCUGGGUGUGAUGUCCAUGUUGAUCCCUCAGUGUGCCGUCUUCGAGGGUCUGGUGGUGGUGUGCAUAUUCCUGGGUCUGUGUGACGGCUGCUUCCUCACCAUGAUGGCCCCCAUAGCGUUCGAGCUGGUGGGGCCCAUGCAGGCCUCGCAGGCCAUCGGCUACCUGCUGGGCCUCAUGUCUCUGCCAAUGACCGCAGGGCCGCCCAUCGCAGGUCUCCUCCAUGAUUAUUUCGGCAACUACUUGGUGGCCUUCUCCCUGGCCGGCGUGCCCCCCAUGGUGGGAGCGGCGGUGCUCUUCUUUGUGCCCCUCAUCCACCGCCCGCUGCAGACGGCAGAGAGGGAGAGCGGCGCCAACAUGCUGGCCGACGCCCCCAUGUUGGCCGACGCCCCCAAGAGCUGCUCCAACGGAGACCUGCUGCCUGGCUACACUGACCUAGAAACCAAUAUUUGACUGGAGCCGUAUGGAAACACUGGAGGGACCAGCACUUUGCUUGACCUUUGACCUCCUUGACACGCUCCAGAAGGUCUGACAUGAUGCUCGGAGAGAAGCAGAUGAAGAGACUACAUUGCUAGUUUAGGUCUCACAUUGUAGAUAGAAAUCAUAGCACUUCUUACAAUCUGCUUUUUGGCAUCCACUCAUGAGUGUGAGCGGCACUGGAAUUGAGGAUUUCUAUUUGUCCUCAACUCCUGGCAAAAUUCUGUUGAUGACAUCAACCUUCUCCACUUUUGAGGGAGCAGCCUAUUUCAACAUUUUCAAUUUUGCAAAUUACAAAACCCCAAAAGCAGCGAAGUUGUCACCUUGUGUAAACGCUAAAUGAAAAGACAAUACAACAAAUCCUUUUCAACUUGUAAGCCACACCCACUAAAGUACCACAGACUAUAACCCUCCCGCUAUCUAAGCCACACCCACUAAACUACCACAGAUUCUAAACCCCCCUGCUAUCUAAGCCACACCCACUAAACUACCGCAGACUGUAAACCCCCCGCUAUCUAAGUCACACCCACUAAACUACCACGACUAUAAACCCCCCGCUAUCAAAGCCACAUCCACUAAACUACCACAGACUAUAAACCCCCUGCUAUCUAAGCCACACCCACUAAACUACCACAGACUAUAAACCCCCCGCUAUCAAAGCCACAUCCACUAAACUACCACAGACUAUAAACCCCCUGCUAUCUAAGCCACACCCACUAAACUACCAUAGACUAUAAACCCCCGCUAUCUAAGCCACACCCACUAAACUACCACAGACUAUAAACCCCCAUGCUAUCUAAGCCACACCCACUAAACUACCACAGACUAUAAACCCCCCUGCUAUCUAAGCCACACCCACUAAACUACCACAGACUAUAAACCCCCCUAGUAUCUAAGCCACACCCACUAAACUUUGGAAGACAAAAAUACUGUGAGUGUAUUUCUUCCUACACUUUGACCCCUGCGGCCUCCAGGUCGGUGUGGCUGGAUGUUCCUUCUCUGACAGCCAUAACAAAAAUGAUAGGAUGAAAAAAAAGGCAAAUUGACUUCCUGGAGGCUGCGGUGUCCUUCGUUUUACUGUUUUCAACAACUGCAAGUAGAAGUGUGGUUCAGGCUUCUAGUUUUCUGUAAAACUGUUUGGACUUACUAAACCUCCUCAUGUGUGACGAAGCAUAUUUGUACAUGCUAUUGUAAUGUAGCGUCCUUAGCAUUAGCAAAUGAGUGUCGUUGUCAGUAUUUUUACCUUACAUUCUUUUUCCAUUGUUUCACUUUCAUAAAUUCCUCAGUAAAUUCACCAAAACGUCAA